AUGGCUCGGCGUCGACGUGGCUGCCCGCUUCCCGCCCUCCUCCUCUACGUGGCCGCCUGUGUGCGAGCCGCCUUCGUCCCAUUCUCCCCGCGCGGCACCAGUGCCGGCGGACAGCCCGAUGGCCGCCAGCCCGGUCAGCUCGGCGCGACCGGCGGGCUGAGCGAGGACGAGGUGCGCUCGCUGCUGGCCGGCCGCUGCGCUCUCGUCAUGGCGCAGCGUGACACCGACCUGGCGCUAGACGUCACCGAGGGCUUGGUGCAGCUGGGUGCACGCGUGCUGCUAACCUGCGAGAGGCCGGACGAGUGCAGCCACCGUGUCGCCUUUGUCAACCGCCGCGCCGCCGAGAGGAGAGCCGCCGCGUCGGCGCAGGCGCUGACUGCAGCGGGCGGCGGUGGGCGGAGGCGGAGGCGGAGGCGGUUGGAGCCGGAGCUCGUGGAGGCUGGCUGCGUCACCGCACAGCUCGACCUGUGCGACUCCUCCGCCAUCUGGGACUUCGCCGACGCGUUUAGCGCCGGAGGGUGGCCUCUGCACGUCAUCGUGUCGUGCAGCGACGAGCGGUGCCCGUUCCUGCUCACGUCGCUCCUCUCCGACUCGCUCGUCGAGACGAUGCGCCGCGACGCGAGGCUCGCCGACCGCAUCGCAGGCCGCCGCGGCCGAAGACAGCGCCGCCGCGCCGCCGCCGCCGCCGCCAAGGCCCCCUCUGGCGGCGGAGACGACGAGGCGCGAGGCUGGCCCGCGCUGCGGCCGGGGCAGCCCGUCGCGGUGGCGGCGCGCCCCUUCCCACACCCGCUCGGCCGCGUGGUGAGCGUCGUCCACCCGGGCCGAGGAAGGUGGCUCCCGAGGCCGCUGCGCCGCGCGGCCGGCUCGUGCCGCGUCCCCGCCCUCUCGGCCACCUUCCUCGCCUCGACGCCCGUGCGCGGCAUGGGCGGUGCUCGAGCGCGGCGGCGAGGUCGGCUGCUUCGCCCCCUCGCCCCCCCUCACCCGCUGCUCCGCGUGCCGUAG